AAUCUUCAACCCGUUCCUCUUUUCUUUUCUCCAUCUCUCAUUCUUUUUCUGGAAAAUACCAACAAUGGCGCUCACUCUCUCCAACACUUUCCUCCAAAAAAAUGUCGCUCCUCCUGCAUUCUCCCUCAAGAAGGUGGGAAUUGGGAGUAAUCAAAUGCGAUGGAGCUGCAGGAAGAAGGACAUACACCCGGAAUUCUAUGAUGAUGCAAAGGUUUACUGUAAUGGAGAGCAUGUGAUGACAACAGGGGGAACAAAAAAGGAGUACACAGUUGAUGUUUGGUCAGGUAAUCAUCCUUUUUAUCAAGGUAGUCGUUCACAGCUACUUCUUGAUGCUGACCAGGUAGAAAAAUUCCGGAAGAAGUUUAGUGGGUUAACACAGAUUAUGCAAAUUCCAACUCUCAAAGGAGAGAUUGUUCUUCCUCCUAAGAAGAAGAAACCCACCAAGAAGAAGUAGACUUAUUGUGUUUGUAAUUCCCUUAGUUCGUUUGGUAAAUGAGGAAAUUGUUGGAGAAUUAGGGGUUUUGUGUAUUUGUGUUUGUAUUUUGAUGGUUUUGAAAUUAUGAACUCAUUCUAUGAUUUGAAAUGGAAGUAGAAAAAUUGAGUCUUUGUUCAUCAAA